GAUAUUCAAGCUCUUAUGAGAAAAGUUGGGGAGUGGAUUUGGGGUUGACGUACUAUGAAAAUAUCUUCAAUUUUACUCUACAUUUCCUUAAUUUCAUUUAAGUCUAUAUAGACUUACAUAUAUUUAGCAUAAAAUAUUAAUUCGAUCACAGGAAUACCGUCUUCCCAGGAUAACCUUUUUAAAAUCCAGAUCAGGGCUGCGUUUUACAAAAGAACUUACGACUUACGACCAAAUUAAUAAAUGUUAAUUAAUCACCAACUAAUCAAUGAUUUAUUCUUAUGCCUGGAAAAUAUAAUUUUGGAAAUUGAUAUAUUUUUUCAAACAAGUGGUUUUAUGUCAAUUUUGUUUUCUAAAGAUCAUGUUACGAGACUGUAAAUAUUUACGACUUUGUCGUAAGUUCUUUUGUAAAAUGCAGUCCAGUUUAUUAAACUUUAAUAAUUAAAACUGUACGGCGUGUAUAUUACUUAAACGUUUCCUUAUUUGUAAAGAUGUGUAUGUUAAUCAGUUUAACGUACGAUCUUUGGUUUGUAAGGAAUUUUAUUCUGUAUAUUUUACCCUGCAACUACUUUUGCAUGGACCAAAUGAAGGUAACCCACUAAACUAAACUAAAGCUAUAUUCGGUCAGUGCCCCAAUACAGCCCCGUGCAUUUGUACAACGUUCAAAUGCAAUGUGACGUUAUAUUUCGUUUAUGCGAGAGCGUCAUGGUUUCAACUGCAUAUAUGCACCGAAAUGUGUCGAAAACAUGUUGCAGGAUAACCAGAAUACACGACAGUUGUCUUGAAGUAUGAGCGAUAUUUCGGCGAGGGUAAAAAACGUGAAGAGAGCUUGGUAAAUUUCGUCUUAUGUUACGUUUCCCAUCCUCCCCUGAAUAUAGCUUUAUUUCAAGACAGUGACCAUGUACUUUAUAAAUAUACCUAUCUACUGGCUAUGGUGAUACUAGUUAGUUUAUUAUCAUUGAGAUAACUAUUCCCGAGACGGAUAUGAGGAAAUGGAAAUAUACUGGCAAGACUUGCUAUGGUUUAAAUUUUCUGAAAUAUGAAGUUCAUUAUACCGAGGACAAAUUAAUUUUGGAAUAUCAACACAAAUUCAUUAAAGCUGGAGUAUCAUCAAUAGCAGAUUUACAUUUCAUAGACAAGUAAACCCCACCAGUUUUAACCAGAAACAAGCUUUUUUAAGAAAUUUCUUUUUAACCACAUGCUGUGCAUUACAGAUUGGGUUUAUCCUUUAAACAAAACUUUUAUCGAAUUUUCUCCAGAUCUGUUCCUCACCUAAACGACAACUGUUUAAAUUUGAGGGGACCGACACGCAUUGCUUACGAGGUACUCUCAGAUCUCGUUGAAACAACAUACCGAAGUGGCAAAAUAAAUGUCCUUAAAAUCGUGCUUUUUUCAACCCUACAUUUUCAAUUUUCUUACCUAUUAUUCAUUAGUUAUACACACUACUCUUAAUUUUGUAAACUUAUAAAUACGAAUAGGUAUGUUCACAAGUGUGAAUGUGUGUUAAUAUGAUGUUGUAACCUAAAUAUAACUCAGACAUACGCUCUUCCAGAUUUGAAUCUAAUGAUUUACCAGCUAGCGAAUUUGACAAGAUCUCCAUGCAUUUUAUAUAUCAUAUGAAAAGAUGAAUUUUCAAAAAACGUACGGUGUUAAAAAGUAUAUAGAUAAAAAUCAAAAGAGAAAAUAUAGUAUCAAGCGUUGGGCCAAUACAUAGAUAUUGAGUUUCUCUUCAUUUUCAUAGCCCUGCAAGCGCAGGAAUAUGUACAUAAUACAGCGUGGCUAUCAUAAACCAGCGGUUUGUCAGUCAAACUUCAAGAACUAUAUUUUUAUCAAAAUGCCAUACAUCGGACAACUUCAAAUGUUAAUUCUUUUCUCAGUGUCAAUCUCUCAAAAAAUAGCUCUAACUUUUUAAAGACAGCAAUCGCAAUCACGUGACACUCAAAUCAAAGUCCAAAACAACUUGGAUUGAUUACUUGUGCAUUUUCUAAAUGUUUGAACGAUUUGUAAACUGAUAUGUGUUUAUCUUUUAUGCUUGAAACCUUCCGUAUAAUGUAAUUUCAAAUAUUUCUAGUUUUUUCCGUUGUCAUAAUGAAAGAGGAAUACUCCUUUUUUGUUUUCGUGUCACUUUAAACAAAACAAAUUAAUGUUGCCGGGAAAAAGGUGCAUCGCUAGUCUUACAGCGAAGAUUAAAGUCUAAACAAAGAUAGGAAACUAUUUUCUUACAGACAUAGGGUAGUGAGAGAGCGGUCAAUUCACUCUUUUAAAUUGUAUUUCUUUCAAGUAAUUGAUAUAGUGUCAUUACAUAGUGAUUCUGAAAUAUUGCACACUUACGUAAUGAUAUUGAAAAUUUAGGUUCAAGGCAAUGUCUGAUUUGUUUUAAUAAACCUUUCCUUUAAGCUCAGAACACCUCAAUUGCAUUAUAAGAGUGUGACAAGCAAAGAUAUACAGAAUUAUCAAAAUUUUAAUGUUUCAAAUCCUAUCUUUUCCGCAUUAAAAUCAAUCGUUUCCUUAUGGUGAAAUACUCCAUAGAUAUGUUAUAUAUAUUUAAUCAUAACUCUUUCGAAACAAGUGUAUACUAUUCACACGAACAUAAAAACGGGCACAUUUAUAUGGUGAUGAAUAUGAUGCUCCUGAAUCCACUGUAUACAUUUUCUUGCGUUCUUCUGUUGAUAAUAUCCAUUAAAUUAUCCAGAACCCAAGAAUGCGGAGAGAAUCACAAAUGCUGUCCUGACUUUCGAGAAAUAAAUGGAACAUGUACAGAAUGCAUUGGAUUUUAUGGUGAAAACUGCAAUACUCCUUGCCCAUCAAAUUUCUAUGGACCAAAAUGUAAAGGAGUAUGCAACUGUUCAGAAAAUGAGACUUGUAAUCAGUUUGUUGGCUGUGUAUCAAACUUCACAUGUGAAGAUGUUGGUCAACAUUUGGUACGUUCUCAGCAAGGUAACUUAUUGUGGCAGAUCGGAAUAUGUUCCCUAGCUAUUCAAAGUUUGACUUUGUGCCUCUGCAUUAGUAUUGUACUAAGGAAAAGAAUGAAAUGGAGAAAAAAACCAAGAAUUACAAAUCCAGGAAGUGUAAGAGAUCACAUACGCCACCUUGAGCGAAGUUCUAAAAUGCCCAAAUAUAAAAGAAAGUGCGAAAACGACGACGAAGGGCCCUUAGACGGGGUUCCAACUUAUGGACAACUUCGUAAUGGAUACAACCAUAUUUAUUUCCCUAAAGUUCACUUGGAUGGACUUUUUUCUGAUGAAUAUAGCUCGAUGAAAGACCAAAACUUGCGACACAAUGGGAUGAUGACUUAUUUGUUUGAUGAUUGAAACGUUUACUUCAAUUAGAAGUUACAUAACGAAACAUAGAAAACGCUGUGCAGUUUUAAAACAAUAUUUGAUUGUCAAUUUUUAAACUUCAAAUCAAACUUAUUCAUAUUAAUUUUACAACGUAAUUGGUGUUGUCUUAGUCUUAGGGUUAGUCUUAAACUGACACAGUGUCAUUUUUCUUUUACUCAUGUUAUAUAUUAAAAUAUCUACUUAUUAAAAGAGAUUUGAUUAGCUAGCAUCCAAACUUAUGCUUUGAAUCAUUGUCUACAUCCUUUUUUGAGUGUAAAAUUAAGAGUUAAAUGAUACAUCUAAUCCAUUUUACAUACUAAAAGAAAAGUGUGACGCAACUUCCCUAAUAAAACAUUUUUUUUGUUUAAAAGUAAGUUACAAUAAGAAAUAAUUUUCUCAACUUUUUCAUCUGAUAGAAUUACCUUGAAACAGACAGAGUCUAUAAUAUUACUAAAAAAUGAAUUUCUUAAGAUGAUAUUAAAACCGAUUUUUCUCUGUUAACAAGCAAUCCUAAGUUUUCUAACAAAUUUACUAGAAUUUUGCAUCCCGUUCACAUUAAGCAAAAUUAUGAGCCUUAAUAAAUGAGUCAUCAAUGUAAUAAAAACAAUAUUAAACAUGGCUGCAGUAGAAAAAAGGGGACAAUCUACAACAUAAUAAACUUACCGUGGGGUUAAUCUGGCUAUAAAAAAGAUGAUAUCAAAUUAUAUAGUCAACCAUUCGUGACGGAAAUAUACUGAAUAGCAAUUAUUUGGAGAAAGGGGCUGCUACAUAGCAUAUUUCGGGGAAAAAGGCACUAUGCAAAACUGGUAGUGAACAUGUAUUGCAUAUGCAGUAAUCUCAGAAUGCUUGUUCAAUGAGUGUUGAACAACACAGAGUGACAAAUCAACGUCUUUUAAUCAUGCAUAAGUAAACUCUUCUUUUAUAAAUUUUCUUUCUUAAAAUUCACUCGUUUUUCAAUAAUGCUCUUUUGAAUCAUGAAUAUUUUCAAUUUUCUUUUUUCCGGAUUUUUUAUUUAGAUUUUUGAGAUAGACUUGAACAAUUUAACAAUUGGUAAUCGUGUUAAUAAGCCAUGUCAUGAAAUAGUUCUCAAACCAACCAUGUUACUGCAUUGAUGUGCUUAUCUGAGUAUAAAGGUAACUUAUAUAACUCACGCAUUACUCAGGUAAGAUUAAAAUUAACAGUUUCUAUAUCCUAUAUUCCCUCUUACAAUGCACAUUUUGUAGUAUGGUUGUGUUUGAUAAUUAACCUGUCACAUUUGCAUUUUUAUUCAUCAGUACUUUCUACAGUUGUAUCUCAAUUCUCUGAAAUAGCGCACAUGGAUGUUACAAACCGACAAAUGCAAAGUCUACCAGUUUUACGAUUAAUUUUUGCAAAAAAUAUUUAUAGAUACAGUUUAGAAUUAUAACUUGAUUAUCUAUAAAACAUGAACAAAAUG